AUGGAUAUGGAUGAUUACAUCCCUUGGCCCAAGCACAUUGAAUUUAAUCUAUCAAGUAUUUCUAUUGAAGAAUAUCAUGAAUCCAUUGAUCCAGCUUUUGAUGAUUAUAAAUUAAGAUUUCGUUAUAAAUAUUUGGAAGAGGGUAUAUCUAUUUUUCUAAAUGAAAAUAGAUGUAAAAUUUAUGUUCCCGUAGAUAAUAUUGAAGCGAUUUCAAAAAUACAAUCAAAUGUUAUCGUUUUAACCUUGAAAAAAGAUAAAGAUCCUGCAAGCUCGGUCAAUUAUAGUUCAAAGGAAGGUUAUCUUAAAGACGAUCCUAUUCGUGAUAAUUUAUAUAAGACUACAUCGAUUAGUAUGAUUGUUCAAGAGUCAACACCUCAACAAGUCAUAGAUAUGGUCGGGCUUCAUAUUCAUUACCUUGUUAAUAGAAACAACAAAGGCAUAACAAGAACCAACAAUUCUGAUUGGGGAAGAUCUAAUGCAAUUCCAUCCCUUUCGGUAAUUAUAUUUAUCGUAUUUACUUAA